AUGCCAUUGAACCGCGGUGUUGCGCACGGCUCGGACCAUUCACUCAGCGACGACGACUCGUCGGGCACAGGCGUGCAAGUCUCACCGCCCUCUGCCACCUCUAGUCACGAAUACCAGGACUACGGAGUCGGAGGACCUUGGUCCCACCUCCAGUAUCCAGACGAACUAAAACCAUCCGAUUCUGCUUCAAGACCGCGCACAUCCAACAGACUGCGAGAACCGGUCGACCCACGGCCAUCCCGCCAUCGUUCCUCGAGGCGGCACCAGCAUCAGCAUCAGCACCAGCACCAAAGCCAGCACCCGCAUCCUCAUCCCCGUGCGCACCCACGCGCGCACCCACACCCACACCCACAGGUCCAGGAAGUCCGCGAGGUGCCUUCCCACAGGUCGAGAAGACAACACGCCCGGGCGGCACCCCCGCAGCCGCCUCCGGUCCCCGUAUCUCCUGAAAGCGACUCCUCAGAAGAGGAGGAAGAGGAAGAGGAAGAAGACGACGAAGACGACGACGACGAAUACCUAGAAUACGCACCGAACCCGGGAGACAGACGUUUUUGGCCAGCACCUCCAACACAAGGUCCAGCAUCUUCUGCGCCCUCGUUCAACCCGUACGCACCGCAUCCACAACAUCCGCCUAACGGAUCCUUCGGCCAGGCGCAACAUGCUCAUGUUCAUGCCGGUGGACCAUCAACUCAGCUUGUUCAAUUGGGACCCAUGGGCCAGCAGACCCCUAUAGGAGGACACAUGGGUCAAUAUUCGCAUCAGCAAUACCCCUACGGCGGGCACUACCCGCCCGCCCAGGGGCACCAACAGCUCCCUCAUGGGUACUACACCGGCCCAGAUGGACUGCCACACCCUCACCCGCAGGCGGGUCAACGCAUGCCACUUCACCAUCCCCACCACCCGCAACACCACCCGCACGGGCAUCAUCCCAGACAUCGAUCCCGCAGCGACUCGCCAGACGAUGAAGAUGACUCGCCAAAACCCGCCAUGGCACAUCCUGCCGUCGUCCAUCCACCAUCAUUCCCCGGCACACCGCCAUACAUGUCACCGGAGAUGGUUCCGUACGGUUACCCACACACCCUCCCGCACCAACAUCCGGGGAUGCACCCACACGCACAUCCCCAAGCCCAGGCCGCUGCAGCGGCGGCGGCAUAUUACCAAUAUAUACAGCGGUACCCGCACAUACCUCCAAGCAUGUUCCCACCCCCGCCUUUCUUCCAGAUACAGGCCCGCGAACCUAGUCCCGCGAAGCCAGAAAAGACUCCAACCCCGCCUCCGCCUCCGCCACCGCCCCCACCACCCCCGCCACCUCCCGCUCCCGCCGAGCCUCCACCGCCAGAUCCCAAAGAUGAGGCCAUCGCGCGCCUCGAGCGGCUCAUUAUCGAGGAGCGUAAAGAGCGAGAGGAACGCGAUGCUGCCCGUGAGGCGGCUAUAAAGAAAGCGGCGGCCGACAAAGCUGCGGCAGAAGCACUGGCUGCCAAAGAAAAGAAGAUUGCUUCCGAAGCCGCUGCCGCUGCCACUGCUGCUGCGAAGGAAGAAGCUAAAGCAGAGGCAGAAAAGGCUGCUGCUGCAGCUGCUGCGAAAGCCAAGAAGGACGCAGAAGAGGCAGCAGCUGCCGCCAAGAAGGAGGCCGAGGAGGCUGCUGCCAUUGCUAUAGCAGAGGCCACAGCCGCUGCAACUGCGGCGGGAGAUACGAAGGCUGCCGAGGCCGCCGCAGCAGCAACUGAGGCUGCACUGAAGAAACCCCCACCGCCAAAGAAACCCGUUCAAUUCAAGGAUGCAGUAGGCAGGAAAUUCAAAUUCCCUUUUGCUCUAUGCAAGACGUGGCAGGGUAUGGAAGAACUUAUCCGCCAAGCAUUCCUGCAUGUCGACGUAAUAGGCCAACAUGUUGCAGAGGGCCACUACGACCUAGUCGGUCCCAACGGUGACAUUAUCCUCCCGCAGGUCUGGGACACGGUUGUUGAACCCGACUGGACCGUUACCAUGCACAUGUGGCCCAUGCCUGAGAAACCCAAGGAUCCGGAUCCCUCACCACCACCCCCGCCGCCGCCGCCAGAGGAAGAGCCUCUAAUCGCCGUACUAGACGUUGGGCUACCACCGCCCCCACCCCCUGCGCCAAAGAAGGCGUUACGCGGAGGUGCACCGGGUGGAUUUGCCAAGUGGAUGACGGGCGGAAAGGUGAAGCCAAAGGCUAAUUCAAAAGCGGUCAAAAAGCCUGAGAUGGUUCCGCCGCCACCUCCACCGCCUCCAGCGCCAUAG